AUGGAUACAACAAACCACACCAUCCGAGAAGACAUCAGUCGAGCGAUCAGAACAAUAGGAGACUCGAGCGAUCAGAACAAUAGGAGACGUCUUUCGAAACAAGAAGAGAUCGAUUUGACUCUCGAAGCCAUUGAUCUGAAGGAGGAGACCAUCAACUGUAACGACAAAUGCAAGAAUUGGAACAAUUGUGAGGGGAGUGUCGCGCCAACCAUUCAGGUGAAUGCCGUCGAAGACAAGUGCGAUCACAAACUCACGGCCGAAAAGGAAACCAAUGACUUAAGGGAUGGAUUGGAUGAGAACUGCACCCAAACUAUGCAUACAAUGAAUUCAGAUUCCGGACAAUCACUGAAUGGCAGACAAACGGAUACUCUUCUCACUGAAGAUACUAAAGAGAAAAAGAGAGGCAAACACUUAGCCCGGGCUGAAGCCGUUCGCGAUACCAGUGCUUCCCCUCCGCCCACUGGCUCUGACUGUGAGGACAAGAGUUCUCAU